CAGCAGUUGAAGUGGAAGUGCGCAAUGGGACUACUGGGAGGACGACACAAUCGCCACAGGAGAGAGUUUCUGCCGGUGCUAUGGCGGAAUCACACGACCAAGUCCACUCGGUGUGCUGCCAUAAGAACAUCAAGCUGCGGUUAUGCGAGUGCCAUGAACUCUGACUGUAACGAGGACCGUCGACACAGCUAACCUCUGACACUAUACGUUCAACCGGUGCCUCUCUUGGAGGCCCUCUAUGUUGCUGAGAUGAUCCUAUUGCACAAUGUCUAGAACAAAAGAGCUGUAUGGAUGGACCGCAAAGGAAUGGGAGUUUGCGUAGCCAAUUGCAUAGUGGAGGUAGAGGUCACGAUCGCGCAGUACGUCUUGCUGGCGCUUCAACGGAAUUAAGGAUAAAGCUGCUCACUCGAUGGCAUGUUCCGUAAUCGAGAUUGCACGCGACAACAUCAUACAGUCGUGCUCUUGGCAUUUGGAGAUGUCGUCGGAUACUAUGUCGUCUUUGGCCAAGGUUAAUUGCGCGCGACGUGGCAGAUUUUGGCUGCAGUAUCGUAGCAGCAUGAGCUACGGAUCUCAAAUGUGACUUGAUGUGAGGUACAAACAAGCGUGAAGACACUUAAACGUAGGCAGGUGACAUCAAAAAUGCUUCGGAUUUCAAUUUCAAGCAGGUUAAACGCUACUCAGCUCGUCCGGCUGAGAAGAUAGCGCAGACGAGCUCAUACGAAGGCAGGAGGUUGGCGACAGAGGCAGCAGGACUACAUAUUUGGUUUUUUUUUGUGAAAUUCGGUCUCUCGAGUCCAGACUUGCUUCAUCGGUCCUUAGCGGCAGCUUUACCACCAACGACGCUUUCCCCAGCCCCAACCAGGGCGUCCCCAGCCCCAACCAGGACGCCCCCAACCUGGGCGUCCCCAGCCCCAGCCAGGACGUCCCCAUCCUGGGCGGCCCCACCACUCCUGCUGGUCGACACCUUCCAGCGGGACGUCAGCAUUGGGCUGCACAUCGGCCUCGGGCGCAUCAGCCAGAGCCCGUAGAGCUGGCGUAUCAGUAGCGACAACGCUCGUUGCAGCGAGGGCCGUGGCGACGACGAGUGCGGUGAUCUUCAUUUUUCUUGACGGCAGAUACUUGGAGUUCUUCUCAAAUUGCGUUGUGAGACUGACAAGUGGAGGCAACGCUCCUCGUCAAGAUUUGUCUUUGCGGAAUUCAAGGAUACGUGCGCUGGGAAGCUGCGUUAACCGCCAUCAAGUCAAGCCCGUUGAUUAAUUAGUUAGUGACGUUGGUGAAAUCUGAAAGCUGAGACUUGUGCGACAGGAGCUGGUUUCAGUAAUGUGCCAAACUGCUUGUUGAAGCCUAUAAAACGCGCGCUUCAACGACGAAGCAUUAUCAACGUCGUUGUUCAACGUUUUCCAUCGAGAAAAACGACCACCACGUUACAGUUGGAAAAGAGCUUCACGCACUCCUGCAAAUGAAGAUAAACUUGAGCAUCAGCAAGAACAGAAGCUGGACGAUUACCCGCAGCUGUCAUUUCCACGCCCUCAACUGUCGGAUACGGCAACACGCUGCAACACUACGUCACGGCCGUCACGCGGAGCUUCCUAUCGUGUAGUUUACUGUACGGCAUUUUGAGACUGAGUGGGCGUCGGUCUCCUUCCAGCACACCUACGACACGAAUGUUCUUAUCAACAUUGGCAAGAACGAUUACAGUAUGCCAAUGAUGAGGUUGGUCAAUCUUGUCGCGCUAUUCGAUGUUUGUGUGACUUAUGCUACCUUAUGAUGCUACGACAUUCUCGGAUGACUGUGGCACCUUCAGAACCUUCGUCGUUGUCGGUGUCGCUGUCAUCACGCUUGGUCUGCAUGGCCUCGAGGGACUAUUUGGCUUCAGCGGUGUUUAAUCUUCUCGACGGUGGCCUUCGAUAUGUGAAUGCACACUGGGCCACCUCUAUUGCCUGCAACACGGCUACGGUUUGGCCACCAGUGGCAAUUUCAGCUGACGCACUGUCGACGGUGAAGACUUUCACCAUGGCAACGAUGGGAGUGAAUUUAUUUUGGUGCAGUGUGUUGAUGUCACGGGUGUGUUGUUCCAUGCUGGUGGUGCGAAAUGGUACAAGGGCGUCACCUGGAUCCCCGUCGAGAUAUUCGUUGUGGCUGUGACGGUGCUGCUGCAGAACCGCCGCAUGCAUAGGACAACACGCGGUGAGCGUAUUGGAAAGAUUUGUUGCGUUCGCUGAGUUGGUGCGUCGGGCUACUGCAGUUGCUGAGAGCCGACACAAGAAACAGGGAUUCUGAGAUUUGAGCCUCACUGUUUUUUUAUCAGCUUUUUUUUUUUACUUCAACAGAAGUUUUGAAUGAAGUACCAUAAUCGAAGGGAUUGUGUAAAGCCGUUAGCAAUGAAA